CUCCAGGAGCGCCAGGUCCGCGGCCUCCUCUCGUCCGUACCGGAGCGCGCCCGCAUAUUAGAAAUAGACGCGAUCGACGGGCACAAGAAUCUGUACUACCUGCCCGCCGGGUGUAGUGUUACGCAGUGGCUGGACGAAGCGCCGACGGCGACGGAGGAGUUCAAGACGAACCAGACGGCCAAGACGAAGGAGCUCGACGUGCGUACCGUACUGCCGCGCGCGCCCGACCGGCCUCCACGAUUACCGAAAGAUGAGUUUGAUGUUGCCUUCGGCGUGAGGUGCCUCCAGCGUGCCCUCGCGCGCGGUGGCUCGAGGGCUGCGAAGCGCCUCGUGGACGAGGUCCUGGCGAGCUGCGCGCCGCAUACCGGCAAAUUUUGUUUUAUCGAAGGGACGGAGAUGGAGGCGACGCUGGCCGAGCUCUGUGUGGAAAUCAAAAUUUUACGGAGCGUUCACGCCACGGACGCGACCUGCUCGAUAGCGUGGCGUUGCCGGUUCCUCACCGCUCGACCGAGCCAGGACGGUCGCGCCAUCGCUGAGAAAUGACUUAGUGAAGAAUCAUUGUCGGGUGCACCCGACGCACUGGUUGAUUUCCACAGGCCGAGCUCCUCGACGAGCAUCCUUUGGUCCGAGACUGCGACGUCAUCGUAGAUAAAGGUUCGAUCUGCGGCUGGGCGCGGCGGAACCGCCGGAACCCGCGGGAGAAGGCGCUCUCAAAACGCAUCGCGGAGAAGGGCGGGCUCGGGGGCGGCCUCGCGGCGGCGGCGGCUUCGGCGAAGAAGCGGAAGAAGACGAAGAAGCGGUAG